ACCUGAGCUGCACUCGCGUUCCAGACGGUGCAGCACAGUAGCAGCAGCAGCAGCAGCAGCAGCGUCUCCAGAGCAGGAGGAGGAGCAGGUUCGAUUCCCCGCGCCGCAAGCCUGUCCGCCGUCCAUCUCUGACGCCGUCCGACAGAGCCGAGUGCUCGCGAGUCUGUCGCUUGGUCCGGUGCCUGAGCUGAGACGCCUUCCUCGGUCCGCCUGGAUACACAGAGGUCCUGGUCCAGUGGGGGUGCGCGGCGGACGAGCUGCCACGGAAGACGGGAUGCAUUUCAAAGGCCAUCUGCUCUUCACCCUUUACACCGUGUACGGGAUCCUUCUGAAAGUGGUGGCUUCCAAAGGCAAAGUCCGAGGUGUCAGCGGUCAGUACCCUUUGGUCCAGAAUGUGACGGUGACGGAGGGCGGCGUGGCCAAUCUGACCUGUCGAGUGGAGUACAACGACAACACCUCCCUCCAGUGGUCGAACCCGGCACAGCAAACCCUCUUUUUUGGUGACAAGAAAGCGCUGAGGGACAACAGGAUCGAGCUGGUGCGCGCCUCCUGGUCGGAGCUGACCAUCAGCAUCAGUGACGUGGCGCUGUCCGACGAGGGCAUGUACACCUGCUCGCUCUUCACCAUGCCGGUCAGAACCGCCAAGGCCUACCUCACCGUUCUGGGUGUCCCAGAGAAGCCGGAGAUCGAUGGCCUGACCAAGCCGGCCUUGGAGGGAGACCAGCUCACCCUCACCUGCAUCACCCAGGGCAGCAAGCCUGCCGCCGACCUGCGCUGGUUCAGGAACGAGAAGGAAGUCAAAGGUGCCAAGGAGGUGAACGCCAGCGGGAAGACGUUCACCGUCCGCAGCUCUCUGCAGCUCAGCGUGAACAGGAACGACGACGGCGUGGCCUACACCUGCAGGGUGGACCACGUGGCCCUGGCGCACUCCCCGCAGCAGGCCACUGAAGUGCUGGAGGUCCACUAUGCGCCGCAUGUGGAGAUCCUGCCGUCGCUCACGGUCCCUCAGGAGGGUCAGUUCCUCAAGCUGGAGUGUGAGUCCAAAGGAAACCCCUCGCCGGACCCCGUCAUGUGGACCAAAGAUGGGGUGGAGCUUCCCGACCUGAGCAGAGUGAUCGUGGAGGGACGAGAGCUGAGCUUUCCCUCCCUCAACAAGACGGACAACGGCACCUACCGCUGCGAAGCCAGCAACCACCUGGGCACCAGCAGCGCCGAGUACACGCUCUUCGUCUACGACGCCCCCACCACCCCGCCUCCAUCCACCACACACCCCCUCCAUCCCCUCCCUCCAGACCCCACCGCCCGCUCCUCCGUCACAGGCAGCAGAGAUCCCAACGCCAUCGGGCAGCACGGGACGGACCACGCUCUGAUCGGAGGGGUGGUGGCCGUGGUGGUCUUCGUCACCCUCUGCUUAAUCAUCGUCCUGGGGAGAUACCUGGCCCGGCAUAAAGGAACGUACUUGACGAACGAGGCCAAAGGAGCGGACGACGCGCCCGACGCCGACACGGCCAUCAUCAACGCCGAGGGCCAGCAGGCGCACGCGGAGGAGAAGAAGGAGUACUUCAUCUAGAGCCCGCCCCGCACCCCCCCACCUGCCCCACCUGCCCCGCCCCGGGAUUUUUCUACCGCUGCAGACCUCUGACUCCACUUUUCCUCCCUUAAGUUAUUUUGUGGAUGGGUCCACCGGACCUCGGGCCCCGACACUCUGUGCUUCACGACGGAUCAUGUCUCACGUCAACACGGUGCCUAACAGAACAGACGCCACUGAACUCGGACUGAACUUCUGCCUUGGUGUCCGCUCCGUCCGUAGCAAGGUCAAGGCUUUUGUAGAUGGUGACUGGACCACGGCUCCUCCAUCGUGUCUUCACUCUCUCACGUCCACACGCCUGACGCACGCCUCCGUCAGACAGGUGCGCUGCAGCCGCCCAGGCGCCUGGGUUUGGAGAGGCUGCUCGCUGCAGGACCAGCCGCGCCGCCGGCCUCGCUCUGGCUCCGCCUCUCAGACCCGUGAGUCACAUGAGAAUGGACUCAGAGUUGAGGGAAAGGUGUGUUUGCUGGAGGUGGCGGGGCGCCCCCUGCUGUGUAUCGUGUGUGCUGAACCGUGUGCAGUUGCUGUGGAAAUUCUCGACCUCCUCACCUGUGUAUAUUGAGCCUCCGGAGCUUGUUUCUGUUUCUAGUUUGUUGUUUUGCACUCAGCAUGUAAAUAACGCGCGAGGAGCAUGCGAUGGUGUCGGCGAGACGCGCCGCGCUCCGGCGCCGCUGCCAUGGCGGCGUGACCACAGCUCAUUGGCUUCACUUCCAGCCCGUCGUUGCUCACCGCCGUGGUUCCCGUGCCGGAGUGUGGCGUCUCUCACAGGCCCCAGAGACUGGUCCUCAGAGGGUCUGCGAGUGUGUGGGUGGGUGUGUUCCUGUACUUCUCUCUCUGUGGGACCCAGCGGGAGCUUUCAGGGUCAUCACAGGUGUCCAGGCCGGGGGGGGCCACGCGCUGAGGACGGCAGGUCCCCACAAGGAUAGAGAGGGACGUGCCAGUGGCAGGUGAGCGCCGCUCUUUAGACUCACCUGUGUCCUGGCUGUGUGUGCGUGAGGACGCGCCUGUGUCUCGUGUGUGUAGAUGAGUCGUUUUUUUUACUUUUGUAAGUAGUUCCUGUUCUUUAAGUUGUGAGUUCUGCGGACGACUCCUUGGUUUCUUUUGAAUCAGCUGUUGUAUAAUAAAUGAACACUUACCAACAUGUCUGCUGCUCUGUCGUGCUCCACUCCAGGCUCUGACUCCCAGGGGCCCCGUGGCUCCCCCUGAGCUCCGCCAGUGGCGCGCAGUCGUGAUGUCAUCAGAGGGCAACAACUCACACUGUCCUCAUACAGGAAGUGACUCGUUUCAAAGACACAAACAGGACAGGACAGCUGACCAAGGUCAAAGGUCAUCCCU